AUGUAGGCAGGUACUUAUGAGUGUGUAAUACUUCCGCUUUCUCGCGGCCGCUGACUUAAGGAUCGCCCUUGCCUGACUGACCCGACCCAUUCAAGAGUCAUCCUUGUUGUUCUCGUCACCCCGCAUCGCAUCCAGUCGCACACCUAUCGCCAGGUGGUCCUUCUGGGACAGUUUCUAUCGCGUGUUUUGCAAAGCAAAAUACGCCCUCGUCUCACUCCCCUAUCAUUCUUUCACCACGGAAUACAUGUUUCCACUUGAGAAUGCAGGAGUUCGUACCAACACCAAAGGGCACACCUAACAGGCGGCGUGCUCCCACGAGUCGAGGUCGCAAUGGCUCCCAGAAGGUUUAUGCCUCUGAGAACGAUCUUCCGACCUACAAGCCCAACAAUAUCGCGAGCCCGAGCACCCCUCAGAAGCAUGGUUCUGGUAGAUCUGCUGCUCCGCAAAUCCAAUCGACGAAUCAGAAACAAAAAAACAAAGGGAAUAGGAGUCGCAAUGCCAAGAAUGACGUUGUAUCGCCCGGUCGCCGACCGGAUGGCGAAAGCCCGUCUUUCCAGUCUAAGAGGGCACCGGUAAACAUCUUCGCUGGCUCGACGUUUCAUGCAUCUCCCGCGCCAUCUGCAUUACCCCUUCCAAGUUUCCUAGGUUUGUCGAAUGCGGACUCUCCUGCCGUCAAAGACAGGACGCCUGAAUUAGCUCGGGAUUCAACCCCUCCCCAAACGGACUCGGACGAGGGGAGUCAAGUGGACGAGCCUACGCCCCGCCACAGUGACUCUCCCUUGGAGUUUUUUUUUCGCGCAGAUCGAGCUGAAAAGGCUGAAAGGGCGCGGGUUCGCCGAGCUAGCUCAGCAAACACAGACAGUGUUUCAACUGCGUCAUCUGUACCUUUGCAGGACUCCCCUCGUAAGGAAUGCAAUACUUUCCCCAAAACCAUAGCUCAUCGUUCUCUUCGGCGCUCGGGAAUCAUCGAGAACGACCCCUCGGUAGGCAUACCUUCGAGUGAGCUAGAUGGUGAUUCUGGGUUACCUGUAGGUCCUGCAUUCUCGACCCCAUACUCGGAACGAAUUCGAGCGGCUCGUUCAAACUCAGCACAUACAACUCCAACAUUGCAUCGAAACAUGGAUCCGGCUUCUUCUGAGGCUCUGAAACGGUAUCUAUUUACUGGUCAACUCACACCAUCCAGAUCAGAAGAGCUACCGGCCAAACCAGGUCUAUCACAGACAACGCCGCAACCUGUCCAGCAGCAGUAUAGGCCUGGUGCUAGUCAGUACCAGGGUACAUACCAGGCGUCGGAGCGACUACCGUUCCCUAACCAGAGCCUCCCUCGAGGGGCGCCAGCAAACCACGCACUGCAUGCUCAGCCACCAUCAUCUCUCCAUAUCCAUGCUCAACCGAGUCCGCCACCUGAUCACCUUCUCACAUUGGAGGGUAAUCUUCGGCAAAUACUCAAACUCGACGCUCUGAGUUAGCCGCGCUCUUCCAAUGCAACUGCGAGCAUAGGGUUGGAUUUCUUUACGGCGUUAUAAAUGGAUCUUACGAUAUUAUCAUCAGUAUUUACUACUGUGAUUAUGGCUUAUCUCGGCUUCAUUGCUUUUACUCUUUUUUUUCCACUUUUUUAUUCAAACCUAUGGUUUUCUCUAAGAGA